AUGCGAUUGCAGUCGACACCGUGUGAGAAAAGUGUGAAAAGUUUGGUCAGUUUGGUGUUACAAAUGACUUUUGCUGUGUUAUUGUUCUGUGUUUUCUUCGCUUUGAGCGUUGAGGGCAAACCAUUAGCCGAGGGCGAACCGACUUGCGGUUACGAGGCUUGUCCAAAAGUCGGGUCCGACACCUUCAACGUGCACCUCAUCCCCCACUCCCAUGACGAUGUGGGUUGGCUUAAAACCCCCGAUCAGUACUACUUCCAAGAUGUCCAAAAUAUAAUAAGCUCAGUGGUUGAUGCUUUAAAACAAAACCCUGAACGAAGGUUCGUCCAGGUGGAAACCGCUUUCUUCCAGAAGUGGUGGGAGCAACAAAAGCCCUACACUCGGGAAGCCCUUCAAAAAUUAGUUAAUAACGGCCAAUUUGAGUUUAUUAACGCUGCCUGGAGUAUGAAUGACGAGGCAGCUGUCCAUUAUCAGUCGACCAUCGACCAGUUUACUCUAGGUCUGAGGUACAUUCAAGACAAUUUGGGCAAAUGUGCUAGGCCUAAAGUAGCCUGGCAGAUCGACCCUUUUGGACAUAGUCGGGAACAAGCGUCUAUUUCUGCCCAUAUGGGGUUCGACAGCAUGUUUUUCGCCCGUUUGGACUAUAGGGAUAAAAAUCGACGACUGGACAACCGAUCUAUGGACCUGCUAUGGCGAGGAAGCGCCAAUUUGGGCAACACCUCGGACAUCUUCACCUCAGUUCUGUACCGACAUUACAGCGCUCCCCCAAAUUUUUGCUUCGACAUUGUUUGCAAUGACGCUGCAAUUAACGACGAUCCAGAAUCUCCCGAUUACAACUUAGAGGAACGAGUUGGCGAAUUUGCCGAUUUUGUGCGCGAACAAGCCAAACAUUACCCAACCAACAACAUUUUGGUGACAAUGGGUGAUGAUUUCAGAUACGAGGCCGCAAUGACCACUUACAUGAACCUCGACUUACUUAUCAAAGGAUUCGAAACGUUUGAACAAAAAGUGGACGACAAGAGGAUCAAAGUUCUCUACUCGACUCCGUCUUGCUACACCAAAGCAGUGAACGACUAUGUUAACAGUAACAACCAAGCACUUGAGUUGAAAACUGAUGAUUUUUUCCCAUAUGCUGAUGGGCCUAACACUUACUGGACCGGUUAUUUCACCUCAAGGCCUGCUUCCAAACAUUUCGAACGUCAGGGUAAUAACUUACUACAGGUUGUGAAACAAAUAGCAGCGAAUUUGCAACAACCAUACGAUCGAGAAGAAAUGACCGAGUUGAAGGAAGCUGUUGGUGUGAUGCAACACCAUGAUGCUAUCACCGGUACUGAGAAGCAACACGUGGCCAAAAACUACCACUUUCUUCUAUCCCGUGCUAUGAAGAGUGCGAAUGAUUUCGUUGGUGCACUACUUUCUAUUUUCAUCAGUCGAGAUGCUUUCGAUUUCGAAUUUGAUUCAUGUCUCCUUGCGAAUGUUAGUUCUUGUGACAAAACCAACUCCGAUAAGUUCACUCUUGUGGUUUACAAUCCUCUAAGUCACACAACCACAACUACGGUCAUGUUGCCGGUUUAUGAAAGAACUAGUUGGAAAAUAACAGAUCCAGACGGAAACUCAGUUGAUUAUCAAAUUGAUUCGUCUUUGACUGAUUUCACGUACGUUGAAGAUGCCACAACUUCGGCAAACACUGUGCAAUUUGCGGCCAAAGAUUUGCCACCUCAUGGUUACAAAGUCUAUCAGUUUGAAGCAACAAAAAAAGAAGAGACUGGUAAACCAAGCCCGAGACGAGUGGUGGGCUAUGAUAACGCCAGUUUCGAAAUCAGUGAACAAACCGGUCUUCUAGAAGCCGUCACCUUGAACGGAAUCCGAGUUGAAGUAAGCCAAGACUUCCAAUACUACGAAAGCCAGGACAGUAGUGGGGCUUACAUUUUCGUCCCUCAAGGCCAGGAAGCCAAACGUAUUGCUUCAGGUCCUAUCACUACAACUCUGGUGACUGGAAACGUCUCUCAAGGAGUGUUACAAGAAUUCGGUUCUUGGGCUCGCCAGUUCAUCAAAGUUUACAAAGACGACCAAAAUUUUAUCGAGUUCGAUUGGAUCAUUGGACCUAUUGACAUCAGUGACAAUGUGGGCAAGGAAGUCAUAACUAAAUUUACAACACCUUUGAAGAAUAACGGAGAGUUUUACACCGAUUCAAACGGGCGUGAGUUUAUCAAACGGACGAGAAAUCAUCGACCGGAUUAUGACUACAGUGACGAACAGCCCGUUUCUGGAAACUAUUACCCGGUUAAUAACCGAAUUGCCAUUCGAGACGAUGACCAAAAAAUCGAACUUGCCAUUAUAACAGACCGCUCUCAAGGUGGUUCAAGUCUCAACGAUGGGGAAGUGGAGCUUAUGGUACACAGGGCUUGCCAACACGAUGAUGGUAGAGGUGUUGGUGAGAAUCUAAACGAGCAAGAGUUCGGUCAAGGAAUCAAAGUUAGAGGAAAACACUAUUUAGUUGUUGGUCCCACAUCUGGACAAGAGAAAAAAUCACUGGCUGCUAUUGAAAGAGAGAUCGCUCAAAGAAAAACAGUAACACCUUGGUUCUUUGUUUCAAAUAAGGACGCUACUGGGGCUCUUAACCAACUACAACACAGUGGUUUGAAGAGCGAUUUGCCCGAGAAUGUUCAGAUUUUGACUUUGGAACCGUGGGAUGACGAUACUGUACUUUUACGACUUGAACAUGUUUUGGAAAAAGGGGAAGAUGAUAACUUGUCGAAGGACGUAACAGUGGAUUUGUCCGAUUUGUUCACAUUUUUCACCAUUAAUGAACUGCAAGAAACAACACUAGGGGCUAAUAUGCUUCUGGAGGAAAAUGUGAGGAUGCACUGGCCUGGAAGUAGUGACGAUGGGAGUCAGAAAGUCAAGAACGUCACUGAUUUGAAAGUGACUUUGUCACCGAUGGAGAUCAGAACAUUUGUGGCGAAAAUUACAUACAAUCCAUUGUAGUGUCAUUCUGAUAAUAAAUUUUUAAUCCUUUAUAA